AUGUCACGGUACCUAACCCGCGUCCGGCCCCUCCGUCUCAUUGGACCUCAUCUGACCCAAAGGAAACUUCCCAGACUCGCAGUGCAACCCGUCGAAGCCCCCGUCGUGGCCCCCGCGAACCCCCUCGUCGCGCAGGAGAGGAGCUUUCACUCGACUCCCAAGUCCCUCGGCCUCGGCGCCACGACACCCCAGGUCGCUCGCGGCCUCCCCGAGUUCAGCCUCCAGGGCAAGGUCAUUGUCGUCUCCGGUGGCGCGCGCGGACUCGGCCUCACCCAGGCUGAGGCUCUCCUCGAAGCUGGCGCAAUAGUCCACGCAAUCGAUCGCCUCCCGACCCCCGACCCCGACUUUGAAAAGGUCGCCCUCCGCGCCACCGCCGAGCUCGGCACAAGCCUCUCCUACCACCAGGUCGACGUCCGUGAUGUCGCCCAGCUCAACGACAUCGUUGAGGGCAUCGCCAACCAGCACGGCCGCAUGGACGGCCUCAUCGCCGCCGCGGGCAUCCAGCAGGAGACCCCCGCGCUCGAGUACAAGGCCGAGGACGUCGACCGCAUGAUGGGCGUCAACGUCACGGGCUCCUUCAUGACCGCCCAGGCCGUCGCGCGCCAGAUGGUUCGCCUCGGCACCGGCGGCAGCAUCGUCUUGAUUGCCAGCAUGAGCGGUACCGUUGCCAACAGGGGGUUGAUCUGCCCCGCAUACAACGCUUCCAAGGCCGCCGUUCUCCAGCUCGGUCGUAACUUGGCUGCCGAAUGGGGCGCCCACGGCAUCCGCGUCAACACCAUCUCGCCCGGCUACAUCGUCACCGCCAUGGUCGAGGCGCUCUUCGAGACCUACCCGGAGCGCAAGAUCGAGUGGCCCAAGCACAACAUGCUCAACAGGCUCAGCCAGCCCGGCGAGUACCGUGGCGCCGCUGUGUUCCUGCUCAGCGACGCCAGCAGCUUCAUGACGGGCAGCGACCUGCGCAUCGAUGGCGGGCACUGCGCCUGGUAAGAUGCCGGAAGAGCAAUGACUAGAAAAAGGAAAAAGCGAGUUUUGAUGACUUUUCUUUUUAAAGUCUUUUUUGAUGAUUAGUCGUUAAUUAUUUUUCCAAAGACUAUUGGAGGAGUUUGGGAGCUUUUUGGCGGUUUUCGUAGAGCAGAACACCUAUAAUUACAUCUUUUUUAUACAUCCUUCAUCUCUCUCACCAACAACUACUUUUUCCAUAUCUGAAUUCCGCAUCAAGCAGGCGACGUGAUCCCAAUCCGUCCCAACCUCGCCACAACCCCAGCCUUCAAUUCCAGCCUCGCCUCAAUCUCCGCGGGCGAGUAUCCCCUCUCGCGCAUCAGGUGCAUCUGAAUAAU